AUGGGUGUUCCAAAGUUCUUUAGAUGGAUUAGUGCUCGAUACCCUUGCAUCAACCAGAUUUUGCGGCCAGGAGAGAUCCCUGUUAUCGAUCACUUUUAUUUGGACAUGAACGGUAUACUUCACACUUGUUCACACCCAGAAGGUGGUAAAAUAAUCUUUUCGGAAGAGAUUAUAUUCCGAAAUAUUUGUCUAUAUAUUCAAUUCUUGUUCAACCUCAUUAAGCCACGUAAGACUUUCUUUUUGGCCGUGGAUGGUGUUGCACCUAGAGCUAAAAUGACGCAGCAACGUGCUCGCCGUUUCCAAUCUGCUUUAGAGGCUCGUAUUGCCAAAGAGAAUUUAAAAGAUAGUUCACCUGAGACCCACUCAUUCGACCCGUGUGUGAUUUCUCCAGGUACUGAAUUCAUGGAGCGGUUACAUCGUCAUAUUGUUACAUUUGUAGAAAAUCAUGUAAAUCAUGAUGCUGACUGGCAAUGUAUUGAUGUCAUUUUAUCUGGACAUGAUUGUCCUGGAGAAGGCGAACACAAAAUUCGGGAGUAUAUGGCAUAUCGUCGUGGUCUACCAAAUUACCGUCCUAAUGAGCGCCACUGUAUAUACGGAAUGGACGCUGACUUGAUAUUUUUGGGUUUGACAACUCAUGAAAUCAACAUUUGUAUCUUGCGUGAGAACGUUGUUAAAGCCCAAAAUUGUUCGGCUGAUAAUAAACCUUUCUGUAUUACUUAUUUGUCAGUUCUUCGGGAGUAUAUUGAUUUGGAAUUUACGGAAUUAAAGAAGACAUUGCCGUUUCCUUAUGAUUUGGAACGCCUGAUCGAUGAUUGGGUUUUUAUGGCUUUUCUAUUGGGAAAUGAUUUCAUACCUCACAUACCUAAUUUGCAUAUACAUGCGGAGUCUUUGUUAACUGUCUGGGAUACAUAUCAAGUUGUAUUACCGAAAUUGGACGGUUACCUUGUGGAGUUUGGAUAUUUAAAUCUUCCACGAUUUCAUAAAUAUCUGGAAGAACUUUCUCAGUUUGAGCGUGAUUGGUUCGAGGAACGUGAAGCAGCUUUCCAUUGGAUGCGAGGAAAACAAGGUGCUCGUAUGGCAAAUGAACUGGAAAAACUCGGUCUAUCAUCUAAGGAUAAUCAGAUGCCAUCUCAUAAACCUCUCAGUUCAACAGGGAAACGUUUCCCCGAAAUGACUAAAAGUAGUUUAUUAGAUAAGAAAGAUGAUUUCGAUCAAUUGACUGAUUUUAUAGAUUUAUUCGCACCUCAAUCUGAUUGUCAAUAUGAUAAUGUUAUGUUAGAUGAAGCCGCUGAAUUAAUGGAAGAAGGUGUUGUUGUUUCAUUAAGGACACAUGAUGAUAAAGUCAAGCAGUUAUAUAAUAAAAGUGAUCCGUCCAAUAGAACUUCCCAUAAUAAUACACAUAACACAAUAGGCGAUAAUCAUGCUCAUGAGAAUAAUAUAGAUGAUGAAACAGAAGAGGAAAUAGAAGAAGACGAGAAUGUCACCUAUGUUGAAAGUGAUACAGAUCUAGAUGAAGAUUUAUUAGUUUAUAAAAUGCAUCGACGUGAUUAUUAUUCCUCGAAACUUGGUAUACAACUCGAUGAGAUGUCAGGUGAUCUUGGUGAAGAUUCCACAUUAAUGUCUUUAAUUCAAGAUUAUAUCCGAAUGUUACAAUGGAUAUUGAAUUAUUACUUUCUAAAUGUGGCUGAUUGGGAUUUUUUCUAUGCUUAUCACUAUGCACCAUUUGUGCAUGAUCUUAUUUUAUAUACAAAAAAGUUUGAGAAUUAUCAAAAUUUCAAUGGUAUUAAAUUGUCUUGGACAAACUUUCAAACAAAUUCACAACCAGUUUUACCGUUUGUUCAACAAUUAAUGAUAUUACCAUCGGAUUCAGCUUAUAUAGUUCCAGCACCUUAUUGGGAAUUAAUGAUUUCUCCAUCUUCCCCAUUAGCUGAAUUCUUUCCUAGAGAAUUCGAAACUGAUAUAAAUGGGAAAAUAGCAUCAUGGGAGGCUGUAGUGUUAAUUCCGUUUUUGGACCAGCAACUUCUCAUAGAUGCAAUGAAGGAUGGAAACACUAAACUAACUGAACAAGAAAAACAACGCAACCAACAUAAAUCUCAUUUGUUUUAUCGUGCUUGUCCGAUUGGACGUGUAAAAUCUCCUGUAGAAUUAAUUAAUUAUGAUUUUUAUCGUAAAUCUGUCAAUUGUGGUGAAUCAGAAUUAAGUCAGUUUUAUGCUUCAAUCACUAGAUCUGUUGUUGAGGAUUUUCCAAGUUUAUCAAGACUACCGUUUACCCAUAAAAUUCAAAGAAUACCAGUUUAUGUUUUUGAACGCCCUAGUAAAUUAGAUAGUAUGGCGUUAACAAUGAAACCUCAUCCAGAAUUUUCAAAAUAUGAUAGCCUUGGUCAGUUAGCUGAAAGUAUUCUUGGGCGUCCUAUUCGUGUUCGUUGGCCAUUCUGUGCUACAGUGAUGCCUGUUCGAUUGAUGAGCACUAGCGAAAUCUGGGAACUAGUGGAUUUUAAUGUAGAACCAAUAAUUGAGUCUUCAAGCGAUUUGUCCUCCGAAUCCCUGCACUUUCGUCCACUUUUAUCGUCUGAAGACAAUAAUCAUGAAUUGGAUUGGAUAAAUAGCCAACUGUCAAGUUUAAAACACCAUUUUGAGAAACGUCGAGCAAUUUUAUUUGAUGACAAAAGUGAUAAUAAUGACUGUGAUGAGCUGGAUGCUCAUGUGAAUUUGAUACCAUCGUCAGUUCUAGUUUUUUCUCGUCCAUUAGACGGUUGGUCUGUAGUACCUGUACGAGCAAAUGAUUCGGAUGGUUUUACUCUUAUACCGAAUUUUGUUCGCUCGCGUGCUCAAAAUGGUGAUGAUUUAGAAUUGUCUAAUACACCAUUUGCAUUUUCAUUUAUUCAAUCAGAAAAUAUGAUUGACUUAUCCGGGAAACGAGAUAAAAAACGGAAAACACUUAUCGAAAAACCUUCAUUGAGUAUAGAACCUGCUUAUGGUCUAUCGGAUGGUUUAAAUCUAGACUUAUUAGAUGUCCUAUUACCUGGUAUACCUCCACCACCAUCAAUUGGAUGUGUUGAAGUUGACUGGGGUUAUAAUAAAAUAAUUUCACUCCAUACAAUAUUUCAUCCUGGUAAAAUAGUGUUUAGUUUAGCCAAAGAAAGUUAUGGAUCAGUGGGUGAAAUUAUUGGAGUUGAUCAGAAGAAAGGUAAAGUUAUGGUACGCUUCUAUCCUGAUGUCUCAUCAUCAACUGACUUAACGGAAUUUUGUAGUCAGGUCGAAGAAUGGGAACAUGAUAAUUUUUAUACAAAUGUCAUGGUUGCAGAUCAAUUAAGUGUCCCAGUAUUUGUAGUGAAUCGAUUUACCGGCAGUUUGAUGGUUCAAAUUACUUCUGAAUCUUGUUCAUCAUUUGGAGAUAAUGAUGGCAUUAUUAGUAAACAUAAUCAAUACGCUGAAACAUCAACUGAUAACAAUGCAGAAAAUAAUAUGGAAAAGAAAAAAUGUGGGCAGAAAUCAUUUGCUAAUAUUGGUUUAAACCUGAAACGGAAUCGUUCUGGUGCUCAGGUUUUAGGUUGGUCACGUUUUUGUACUGUUCGUCAUACAUGGUUAUUUUCUAAUAGAACUGUUGAUUUACUCAAGAAAUUCAGCGAAAAAUUUCCAGGUGUUUGGGAAAAAGUUUUAAAGUCGUCAGAUUCAUCUACAAAAAAUAAUGCAUGUAUACAACUUGAUUCGAAAGAAGUUGACGAGAUUAUGGAAUUUAUUGCUAAUUCUGAAUGUAGAAGUGCUCCAGUUUUACCACAGAAAGGUAUCUACUUGGAUAAGGAAUGGUUACAAAAAUUAAAAUCAUUAUAUCUUAAAGACAUGGAUGAAACUGUAUAUGAACCGUUUGAUCGUCAGAUUUGGAAUAGAAAAUCUCCAGUAAAUUGUUCACCGACAACUUUGUUUGUUUCAGUGAAUUCAGAUACAAGAAUAUAUCCAUCCUCUUAUAAUUUAUCACCAUUCGAUCGUUGUUAUUAUUCAUCAAACUACUCGUCAGUGUUUAGUUCAUUCACAUUAUUGGAUAAAGUUGUUUAUAUUGGGAUAGGACAAAAUAUUCCAUUGGGAUUACAUGGGAUUGUUAUUGGUGUACCAUCUGGUGUAAGCUCUCAAAAGAGUGAACAAUUGGUAGAGAUCAUGUUUUGCCGAACAUUCACUGAUGCCAUAGAUAUUAGAGGAUCAGGUCCUGUAUGUGCACUGGUACAUCCAUCAAUGUUACUCAGACUACCAGAAAAAUGUGAUGAUAAACAUCAGUCAAUCUCUCAGCCGAAAUUAACUAGACCAGUUUCGAAACCUGUUCAAGUUUCAUGGGUUACUAAAGGACCUCCGCGUAAUUACCGUCCAUGGCCAACUAAUAAUAAAUUUGAUCAAAAUACCUCUCAUAAAAAUAAAAUGGAUGAUGCAAAUCAUAGUAAUAUAUCAAAGGCUAGUCCCGUUCAUUCAUGGAAUUCAUCUAAAUUGAAAACUAAACAAAAACAACCACCACAACAACAGUCGCAACAACAAAAUAUUAAGCCUGCUAAAAACCUAUCCUCAACGGGAAAAGAUACGAUAAACAAGAAAACGCAAGAACUGGAUUGUCGACCACACUGUGGUGAUACAUAUUCCACUUUUCCUACUCUACAGAAUAAAUUUAACCGUUCGCGAAGCAUAAGUGAACAUAAUACAAGUCUAGAUGAUAACAACGAUAAUGUAAGUCUAUCUAAUUUGUCACAUGAUGCAGAACAUAAUUCGCAUUUUUGGACUAUGCCAAGCCCACCGGACGUACCUCUCCCUCCAUCUUAUUGGUCUAAUAUUAACAAGCCUACACACGACUUGAAAUUAAAUAAUAAGACUAAAGAUGAUAAAGAAAAGAACCAACGGAGUAGGGACGAAAAAAGUACUGGGUCGUCUAAGAUUAAAUCUCGUUCUCGUAAUUCUGCAGAACGUAAUCAAAAAAGUUCUAUUACUCGUUGUGAUAAUCGUCCACGGUUAAACCACAAUAGUGAGGUUUGUCAGAGAGCACCAACUCCAGUCAUGCCGAAACAAAUACCAAUGCCCGAUUUCGAAAGACAAAAUCUUAAUAGACCUCCAAACAUGCAUCAGUAUCCUCCUCUUAACCAAAUGCAACCUCAAUUGCAAUCUGCAUAUCAACCACUGCCAUUUCUGCAGUUUCAACGGGUAAUGCCAUCUACAGUAUACCCGAUUAAUAUGAUGACUCCGUAUCUGUAUGGUCAAAGAAUGCCUGAUUCUUCCUAUAUUUCAUAUCCUUCGUAUUCCCCUUCGCCUAUUUAUCCACCUAACUUUGUAAAUCGUGCACCUAUUCCUCAGUUUCCAUUGAUGUCGAAUCCUAAUUCUCAGGUUUUUAACUCUACGAUGAACUACGAGAAUACUCACCGGUUUAACAACCCGCCGAUGCUAUCAUAUGGGGAAAGAAACAGUCGGGAUUCCUUCCGUCCUCCUGUUAAACAGGAUCUACCAUCUAACCGACCAACUACACCUCAUCAUAAUGCUAAUCAGUCAAGACGUUUUAUUCCUCCUCAGGUUUCACGAACGCGUCGACCUUGA